UGUUUCACUCCCAAUAAACGACAAUUUGUUCAAUUCAAAAAAGUACCCCCCUUUUUUUUGCACACUGUACAAUCUCAUAAUGCAGCCCAGCGGUUAACGAAGGACAGAAGCGUCAUAAUUUGAAUUCUCAAAUUUUGAAUCAAAAGCUUUACCCACUGACAGCUCUCUUUCUCUCCCAUCCGUCCCCAUUCUGUUUCUUCACAAACAACUUUUUUUUCUCAGAGAUUUUUCAAUUAUCUGUUUAGAAUUGAAGGAAAAAAAAUUAUGGCUGGAUAUUUUGGGGUGCUGGUUUCGGAUCCAUGGCUACAGAAUCAGUUUACUCAAGUGGAGCUCCGGACGCUGAAAUCUUCUUUCGUGGCUAUGAGGAGAGAGAGCGGAGCUGGUUUGAAGCUGGCGGAGCUGCCGGAGAAAAUGUCGAGGCUGAAGCACGUCGGAGAGAAUCUGUCGGAGCAAGAGAGAGCUUCGUUUCUUCAGGAAUCGUAUCAGGAUUUGGAGAUUGAUGUUGAUUUCGAACUCUUUCUCAGGGUUUAUUUGAAACUACAAGCACUCGCAACCGAAAGAAGGGGAAGUGGCACAAAAAAUGCGUCCGCAUUUCUAAAAUCUCCCACUUCGACACUGCUGCACACAAUAAGCGAGUCCGAAAAAUCAUCAUAUGUCGCGCACAUCAACAACUAUCUCGGUGGAGACGAGUUCUUGAAGAAAGACCUACCUAUAGAUCCUGCAACAAAUGAUCUCUUUGAGAUUGCCAAAGACGGAGUUCUUAUCUGUAAGCUUAUUAAUGUUGCGGUACCUGGAACAAUCGACGAACGGGCUAUAAAUACAAAGAGGAUUCUCAAUCCGUGGGAGAGAAACGAGAACCAUACCCUGUGCCUCAAUUCUGCUAAGGCGAUUGGAUGUACUCUUGUUAAUAUAGGGACUCAAGACUUUAUUGAAGGAAGGAGACACCUUGUUCUUGGAGUGAUAUCUCAACUUAUCAAGAUACAACUAUUGGCGGAUCUCAACUUGAAGAAAACACCGCAGUUGGUGGAGCUGGUUGAUGAUAGCAAGGAUGUGGAGGAGUUGAUGAGCCUACCACCAGAUAAAAUUCUACUGAGGUGGAUGAAUUUCCAGCUGAGGAAGGGAGGUUAUGUGAAAACGGUUACGAAUUUCUCGUCCGAUAUAAAGGAUGCAGAGGCAUAUGCUCAUCUGUUGAAUGUUCUAGCACCAGAACACAGUAAUCCAUCCACACUGACGGUGAAAGAUCUAUUUGAAAGAGCAAAGUUGGUUCUUGAGCAUGCUGAUAGGAUGGGUUGCAAAAGAUACUUAACGGCAAAAGAUAUCAUUGACGGUUGUCCGAAUCUUAAUCUUGCAUUUGUUGCACAUAUUUUCCAGCACAGGAAUGGACUCUCCACCCAAACAAAACAAAUAUCUUUUCUCGAAACUCUACCUGACGAUGCACAAAUCUCCAGAGAAGAGAGGGUCUUUCGUUUUUGGCUUAAUAGUCUGGCAAAUUCCUCAUUCAUCGACAACGUUUUUGAAGAUCUCAGAAAUGGAUGGAUUCUUCUAGAGUCACUAGACAAGGUGUCUCCAGGGAUUGUGAAUUGGAAAAUAGCUUCUAAGCCACCGAUUAAAAUGCCAUUCAGAAAAGUCGAAAAUUGCAACCAAGUUGUCAAAAUCGGGAAACAAUUGAAGUUUUCCCUCGUCAAUGUUUGUGGAAACGACAUUGUCCAAGGAAAUAAGAAACUAAUAUUGGCCUUUCUAUGGCAGUUGAUGCGAUAUAACAUGCUUCAGCUAUUGAAGAACUUAAGAUUCCACUCACACGGGAAGGAAAUUACCGAUGCCGAUAUUUUAGAGUGGGCUAAUAGCAAGGUCAGAAAUUCAUCCUGCCAGACCCGUAUGGACAGCUUCAAGGAUAAGAGCUUAUCCGAUGGAAUCUUUUUCCUAGAGCUACUUAGUGCUGUGCACCCAAGAUCGGUCAACUGGAGUCUCGUCACAAAAGGAUUAAGUGAGGAGGAGAAAAAGAUGAACGCAACCUACAUCAUCAGUAUAGCAAGGAAACUCGGGUGUUCGAUAUUUUUGCUUCCUGAAGACAUAAUUGAGGUAAACCAAAAGAUGAUGCUGACAUUGACAGCCAGUAUUAUGUAUUGGACAUUGAAUAAACAAACCGUUGAAACGCAAAAUUGUGGAUCUUCAGACAGUGAGAGUGGAAGCCUUUUGGACACGAUCUCGAACUCGACAAUGGACGACACAGCUUCUGAAUCAUCAACAGACGACAGCAGCUGUAAUUGAUAUAUACAUAUCUAUAUAUACAUAUGUUGUUUUGGAGUUUCUAAGAGCCUUAUAUGUAGAGAAAGCUCUAUAUAUUGUAUUGAUUCUUGAUUGAAAAUUUUGAAUGUUUAGUGAUUUCUUUAUUUUAUUUUUUUAUUAUUUUUUCUUCUUCUUGGUGCUGAAUUGCAGCUCAUGUGUAUAGUCAUGAAAAAUGUAUUUGGAGUUUGUAAACAAGAAUGCUAUUUUGUACACAUUUGAUUCAUAAAUUUGUUGUGUAUUGCAAUUGUUACAUGUUGGCUA